AUGGCGGACGCGGUGCUGGCGGCUCUGGGCGCGGCGGCGCCGUUCCUGCGGCCGGGCGAGCGCGAGCGCCUGGCGGCCACCACGCGUCCCUUCGACCCCCGCGCCGAGUGCUUCGUCCCCCACCCGGGACACGAGUUCGUGCGGGGCCGCGUGGUGGAGAGACAAGGGGGGAGCGUCACCGUGGAGACCGAGCUGGGAGAGACGGUGACGGUCAAGGAGGGGGACGUGCACCAGCAGAACCCCCCCAAGUUCGACAAGAUCGAGGACAUGGCCAUGCUGACGUUCCUGCACGAGCCCGCCGUGCUCUUCAACCUCAAGGAGCGCUACACGGCCUGGAUGAUCUACAUCCCAAAAUGUCCCAUCCCUGACCCCCCCCAGACCCAAAAUACCCAAUUCUUCGACCCCCAGGACCCCUGA